AUGAGAGGGGAUACAAUUUACAAAAGGCCCACUAAGAAUAUAAGGAUGGACUGCAUUCAUAAAAUGGUCAUCCUGGCAAUAUAUGCCUUAUUUGGUAUAAUCGCAAUAGAUGCCAUGUAUGCAAAUGAGUACCAUUAUGCUGUAGAAAGAGACAGAUUAAAACAAGAGGAAAGAAAAUAUGCUGGAUACGAAAGUUCAUUGAAUGAGGAUGAGACCAUUGUGAACCACUAUAUGCAGUUCCUAAAAUGGCAGGAGUACAACUAUACAAGAGAUACAUUUGUCCCAUUGAGGCCCAUAGAGGAAACAUACCAUCACAUCAUCAAAACAAAACUCUUUGCUACCCUCAAGAAACUACCAAAAGGAGGAAACAUGCACAUUCAUGAGCACCAUGUCCUUGAGAAAAAGCAGAUGCUUGAGUUAGCAAUGAAUCUAUCUGACUGGGACCACCUAUAUGUGACACACCCUAACCAGAGUGCCUCGCCUUGGCAGUACAACUUCUUCAUAAAUCCUCCACCUAACAAAGGAUGGGUCAAGUUUAAAGAUCACUUCAAGGUUGAUGAUGUUAUCCAUUUCACGCAUCUCAUGGGCAUUCUUGAUGCACGUGCUAAGUCCUAUCCAUCAGAUACAGGUUAUCGUUGGAAGUUAGCUGGGGGUUUAUUUGGCAGGCUCGGAGGUGAUUUCUUAGCCAAUGAAAACAUCCAGUUUAGAUACCUUGAAGCCCUCUUUGAUGCUGCCAGGGAGGAAAAUGUUCAAUAUCUAGAAGGAAGGAGAUCCAUAUAUGGAAGACUGUACCGAUUAAAUUCUAAUGGAAGCUAUGCUGAUAGAAAUGGACAACAAUUACUUGAUACAGAUGGUUCUUAUGAAAUAGCUGAAACAAUCAAGUUUAUAAAUAAUUACACUGCAAGGCAUCCAGAAUUCUUUGGCUUGAAGAAUAUUAUUUAUCACACAAGGUCGAAUCCAUCUCGUGUACGUUCAGGGGUUAAGGCUUACACAGAACUAUACAAGAAAUUCCCAGAACUAAUACGUGGCCUUGAUAUGGUUGGUGAAGAGGACAAAGGUUACACACUAUUGUUUUACCUUGAAGAUUUCAUCAAAAACUAUGAUCCAGAGGCUAAGAGAAACAAAAUGCCAUUUUACUUCCACACAGCUGAGACUAAUUGGCCAGCUGACCUCCAACCAAAUGAACUUAAUAAACCUUUUGACCCUGUAUCAACCAUUGACAAUGCUUAUGAAUCUGUUAUGUUGGAUUCACAGAGAAUAGGCCAUGGACUAGGUUUCGAAAAGCACCCAUAUUUGUUGAAGCUCCUUCGAGAAAGAGGAACCGCAAUUGAAGUUUGUCCUGCCAGUAAUCAGAUACUUGGUUACGUCCCUGAUAUACGUCUUCACCCAGCUGUGCAUUUCCUCAGGGCAGGGGUGCCCAUAGUCCUGGGGGGCGAUGACCCUGGUACAUUUGGCUACAACUACUUCACCGUUGACUGGUACCUUGCUUACAUGGCAUGGGGUCUAGAUCUUAAUGAUAUGAAACAGCUAGCCAUUAAUUCCCUGAACUACAGUGCUUUGACAACUGAUGAGAAAACUAAAGCCAUCAAUGAUGUUUGGACUCCUGCUUGGAGCAAAUUCAUAGCUGAUAUGAAAAUAGAAGCAUGUGGCGCAAAAUUAGAUACAUACAAACCCAUAUUUGCAAGAAUCUUACCUCGAGAAGGUGCAUUAAAUGGAGAAACAAAAGUCCACAUUUUUGGUCGACAUUUUGAAAGGGGAACAUGCAAGACAUUAAAGUGUAAAUUUGGGGACAUCGAAACAGAAGCCAAAAUGAUAUCCCCCACACAACUUCAUUGUAAAAGUGCUGUGAUUAACCACAAUAGUGAGAUGAAGGUGAAUGUUUCAAUAUCAUUUGACAAUGGCGCCACCUAUAUGCCCACUGGGGAAACCUUCACCUAUAAAUAUGCCAUUUAUACACCAUCAAUCACCACAACAAUGGGGCCACAUAGUUCUGGCCCAUAUAACUACAACUUUUCCUGGCUUUUAGCAUUUUUGAUUGCAUCACUUUUAUAAUCAACCAAUUUAACUUUAUCAAACAUUUUUUCAGAGUAAUAAAUUAUAUUUUUGUCUUACAUAAUUGUAGAUUAUACAAUAAAUACAUUCUAAAUACAUGAAUAUGUGCAUUAAUAAUUUGUAUAUUUUGUUCUAUAUGUUAUGUAAAACACAUAGAUUGGCGAAGAUCAUAAAGUAUAUUUUUAAUUUUGACCACCAAAAUUUCUUCAUUUCUUUCAAUCGGAUCCAUGUUGACUGUCACAGUACAAUAAUCACACCAAUGACAUUCCACAUAAACUUUCACUGUCCAAACUUCAAAAUACGACAUCAGUUCUGAUAUAACAAAAUCCUCUAUCCUUAUUGUCAAAGUGUCGCAAUCAAAAUCAUUCGCCCACAAUUAUUGCACAAACACAUAUUGAAAGAACACAAUCUGCAUGGGCCUCAAGACAAAUUAUGCAGUGAGAGUCUCGAACUGCUAGAAAAGCACUGGUUCUUGCACACCACUGCCA